GUGAGUAGUACUUGAUGAAACGCGCGGGUUGCGCUUCCUGGAUCAGCGAGGCGCCCGUGGGUGAAGCGGACCAAAUCCAGAUAUAAAAAAGCACGGGGCGACGCACGCUUCCGACGAUUAAUUGCAACUUGAGCGAGCACGCUCCCUGUCCCAUGGAGCCACAUCACCCUCGGCGCGCUCCGACGGGGGCCAUGGAUCCCCCGACGCCUGCGGGGGCGAGGCCGGCGAUGUCCCACUCCUCCGCCUUCCUCCUCCCCUCCUCCGCAACCCCCGCCGGCUCCGGGGACGCGUACGCGGUCGUCGUCCUCAACCAGCGCCUGCCCCGCUUCGCCCCUCUCCUCUGGGACCGCGCGCAGGUGCGGGUGUGCGCCGACGGGGGCGCUAAUCGCGUGUUCGACGGCAUGCCGGAGCUGCUCCCCGGCCACGCCCCCGACGAUGUACGCUCCAGAUACAAACCAGAUGUGAUCAAAGGGGAUAUGGAUUCAGUGCGACCAGAAGUGAAGGAAUAUUAUUCCAAUUUGGGCACCAAAAUAGUUGAUCAAUCACACGAUCAGGACACCACCGACUUGCACAAAUGUGUAGCAUUUAUCACUGACAAGUCUCCUGGCCCAGACAAAUCGAAUCUAUGCAUCCUUGUCCUCGGAGCACUGGGAGGUAGGUUUGAUCACGAGAUGGGAAACAUCAAUGUACUCCAUCUCUUCCCAAACAUUAAGAUCGUCCUCCUAUCAGAUGAUUGCCUGAUCUUUCUGCUCCCAAGAACGCACAGUCACAACAUCCACAUUGAACGGUCAGUUGAGGGCCCCCACUGUGGAUUGAUUCCCAUUGGCACGCCUUCGACCAGCACCACUACCACCGGGCUCCGAUGGAAUUUAGAUAAUGCUCAUAUGAGCUUUGGUGGGUUGAUUAGCACAUCGAACAUUGUUGAUGAGGACCAGGUUAUGGUCACUUCAGAUUCUGACCUGAUCUGGACAAUAUCUCUCCGACACUGAGUUUUUGGAUGAAUUUUCUCGUCAGACAAUACUUGUAUGAGCUACGGUGGAUUGAUUAGCCCGUCCAACAUCGUUGAUGAGGACCAGGUUAUGGUCACUUUAGAUUCUGACCUGAUUUGGACAAUAUCUCUCUGGCACCGAGCUUAUGCUAUGCAGAACGUUUGAGAUAUCGCCAAUUUUGUCUCGUUUAAUUUAUGUCUAUGACAACUACACCCAGCAGUGAUGUGAUAAAUUUUGGCGUGUUAGAAUUUCAAGCCUUGUAAAUUUCUAAUUUCUAAUUUGGUAGCUUUGGCAAUUAAAUAUAGUUGCCCCCACAAAGAAUUGCGGUGUGUCUGUGAAAAAUAUAUAUUUGUUAAUAGCUUGUGAAAAUA